CGGGGGUGUAACCCUAAGCCGGGGCGGGUGCUGCAGAUCAGAGGAUCCCUAAACCGCGGCGCUGCUGGGCGCUGAAGCCGCAGUUACCCGGCGCCUCGACUCUGUCUUUUCCCAGGCGCUGCGUGACUUUCCCCUUACCGGCUUUGCAAAUACGGACGGGUUGUUUAAAAAACGCAGAUUAACGCAAAAACAUAAAUAUUUAUGAUUGUGGCUGUAAUGACAGGAUUGUCGGGUUGACAAUCUGAAGCGCUCCGGCGUGGAAAUAGGGCUCUCCGGGACAAAGGACGGACAUCCUGGUGCUGGUGGAAUGGUCAUCGUUAGCCUUGCGGCUAGCAGGCGAACUGGGAGCACCGGACAAGGGGAUCGGGGAGCGGAGACAGCCCAGCGUGCAGCCGGGGGGCCGAGAGAGAGCGGACGGCCGCCGGUUGAUGCCACCGGCAGCGGGUAGUUUACCAGCCAAGAAACUGAUCUCAGCAAAACAUCCAAACCAGCAUUAAUAAUAUUCAAUAAUGGGUGUUAUAUUUGCCAAACUCUGGAGUUUUUUCUGCAAUCAAGAACACAAGGUGAUCAUCGUGGGCCUGGACAAUGCGGGGAAGACCACCAUACUGUACCAGUUCUUGAUGAAUGAGGUCGUCCACACGUCGCCCACAAUAGGAAGCAAUGUGGAGGAGAUCGUGGUGAAGAACACGCACUUCCUGAUGUGGGACAUCGGGGGCCAGGAGUCUCUGAGGUCUUCCUGGAACACGUACUACUCCAACACUGAGUUUGUCAUCCUGGUGGUAGACAGCACCGACAGGGAGCGCCUUGCCAUCUCCAAGGAAGAGCUGCAUAGGAUGCUUGCUCAUGAGGAUCUCCGCAAAGCCGCCGUGCUGAUCUUCGCCAACAAGCAGGAUGUGAAGGACUGCAUGAGCGCUGCCGAGAUUUCCAGGUCCCUCACCCUCAGCUCCAUCAAGGACCAUCCCUGGCACAUCCAGUCUUGCUGUGCGCUCACAGGAGAGGGGCUGUGCCAGGGUUUGGAGUGGAUGACCUCCAGAGUUGGACUCAGAUAACCAGCAUCCUGGACGUCCCCACCCCACCCCCCACCACCUCCCUGACCCUGCCAGACAGACUGCAUAAAGAUACGUUGCAGGCUGCUGUGACAUGAGCCUGAUGCUGGCCUUGGAAUUCCUCCCACAGUUCCCUGCUACACUUCCAGAGGGACGGGAACUGGUUUGCAGAUUAGCCAAUGACGUAUUGCCUGGAAUCCAGAAAGGUGUGCAUGCGUGAGUGAGUGAGAGAGAUGUCUUUUGGAUAGAGAGUUCUCAUUAUAGAAACCAUUGACUUAGAGGCCUGAAAUCACUGUUAACAUGGCAAACCUGACACUAAACUGAACAGCUGCUUCGGGGGGAAAUGUGUGUGUGUGUGUCUGUGUGUAUCUGCACAUGUGCAGCAUGAGGGAGAAGUGGACAGAGGUCACCUCAGAGAGCAUGUAUCUCAGCACAGUUUGUGGGGACCCCCGAGUGCGGGGAUUGGUUAGGGUCACAGCCCCAACCCCUUCAGACAGACUCCUCCCCUUCUCCGUGCAUGUGUGUUUUACUCAACUAUCAGUUGAGUGACGAGUUAGUGAGUGUGUGAGAGGACACAGAGUGGGUCAUCCCAUCUGCCUUAUUCUCACUCCCCCCCCACCCCCACAAAUAGCACUACUUGUUGCCAAGAGCAGCGGGUCCUUCUAACUGGCAGUAUGACAGGUCUGUGUCCAUAUAAGGAAGUCUUCUGAAGAGUAUUCACUUUUUACUGUGCUCAGUAGUCCUUAAUAUUAACUCCUGUAAGCUUUAAUCUGGAUUCUAGAAGUUGACUCUCUUCUCAUCUCUCGGUUUUCAUUUCAUACCAGCAAUCUAUGGAAUUUGCCCAUGUCUUCUAUAAGAGCGCCUCCUAUUGGUGGGGAGGUGUUAACGUCUUUUAAAAUGCGUUGAUUGGGGGUCUCAGAUGUAAAACCGUGCCAAACUUCCCACGGUGCCCCCUGGGCAUUCUGGGAUUGCAUGUAGAGCCUGUAGGUGUGCCUUUACCCAGGCAUACCUGACUUUGUUUAUUCAACUGCUGCGGGUUUGUGCCAGGAAGCUGCCGUGCACCUGAUCUUGGAACACGCUGGAACUUUCCACGUCAAUGGAACACUGUGGUCCCUGGAGGGGGUUGUGACAGAAACCUGCCAAAUGUGGUGGUGCCUUUUGGGGGGUAGGGGGGGUCAAAACCAUAGACCAUUUAUGCUUUUGGUAACGGACCUCAUUUGUCCCACCGCGGGCAAAGCGCGUGGCACUUAAAUCACAUUCAUUUCUCUUUUUAAAAGUAGUUUACAGAUGAAUGAACAAGUGCAGCAUUCUGAGAUGUUUUAAAAUGGGGCAGAGAUAAUUAUGUACAGGAUUCGCAACUUGUUUUUUUAUUAAAAAUGGAAUGAAAAAUGGAAUGUGUGGUUUUUAUUUCCACUGAUAAACCUCCCCCCAAAGUGAAAGCACUGGAACGUUUAUUUAAUGUUUAGUGUAGUGACUGUGUGUAGCCACCAGGGGGUCCCCACACAAAUGCGUGGGAGUGGUAAAAGUGGUAAUCAUGGCUGCUCACAAUAAUUGGGCAG